CCAAAAACGUUGCGCCGGUCUUCGUAGACUGUAAGAGAACAAAAAAGUCGAGCCAAGAUUCUGGACUACAGUCUGUGUUAUCGCAGGGCCUUUGUGAUGUUGCACCAGCUUUGUAUCCCUUCAAACUGGCGCGGGAUUGCUACUUUCUUCCGGCAUCAUGUCUGAUAUCCUCAUUUUUGCUGCGUUAGCAAUACCAACCUGCACUUGGGAGCAGCAAGUCACACCCGCCUUCCACACAUACAGACACACCACACGGCGACAAGUAACACAUCGAAGGAAGGGUCCUGAGGCCCGAGCUUCUGGCAUUCUCCGAUAUCAAAAUGCUUGGAACAGACGCAUCAAAGAAGACAUUGAUCACCCUACUCGCCACAUCCUAGUCACCUUGUAUCUUCAAAAGUCAAGUAGUGAUGCGGCCUCGAAAGCCGGUAAUUCUAUCUAACCCACUUUUACACCGACAUCUAGGUACGCCAAAAAUCAGGAAAAGCAGAUAAUAGACCGGUCUUUCAAAGGCCAAUGGCAUCGCGCCGAACUAAGACGGCCGGGGCUUCCGACGGUUGGUACG